AUGGCUGAGCGUAAACUUGCUCUAAAAACCAUCGAUUGGGUAGCUUUUGGGGAAAUCAUACCCCCAAAUCAAAAGAUAACUGCAAACUCCCUUAAGUACUGUAAUGAGACCCUCCAUUCCAGGUUGGCUAAUCUGUCUGAGAAACCACGAGCGAUUGACUGGGCUUACUGCAAAGCCAAUGUGGCCAAGGCAGACUUGGUGAAUGAUUUUGAAAAGAAGUAUAACGCCCCAAAGAUUCCUGUGCCUGAGGAUAAAUACACGGCCCUGGUGAACCAUGAGGAAAAGGAGGAUGUGAAGAACUGUGCUGAGUUUGUGUCUGGAUCCCUGGUCAGGGUCCAGGAAUAUGAGAAGCAGCUGGAGAAAAUGAAGGACAUAAUUCCUUUUGACCAGAUGACCACUGAUGACCUGAGUGAUGCCUUCCCAGAAACCAGCCUAUCAGAACCUGUGCAGCAGGCCAGGAGGGAGCCCUGGCCUACAUUGAAAUAA